AUGCCCAGCUUAACGGACGAUGCCAUGAGUUGGCCCGAGCCGGAGCAGCUGUCCACCCCGGGGGUGGCUUACGACCCCAUGAUCCAGUUGUAUUACCAGAAUUUCCACCGGUCGCACCCCCUGCUGGUCCCACGGAAGGCGCUGGCGUCUAAUCUCGCGGACCGCAUCCCGCCCUACCUGCUGUCCAUCAUGCGCUACGUCGGCGCUCAUUUCUACCCCGAUCCGGCCUUCAAGGAGGAGUUCCGCGCACAGGCUUACACCGUCUUCGCGGAUUCCACCCUGCGAGACGGAUUCAAGGUACAAGGCAUGCUGUUGCUGGCCAUUGUCGAGCACGCGCACGGUCAGGACGACAAUGCCCAUCGAUCCAUGCAGGCGGCCAUCGACCUCGCCUUGGAUCUGGGCAUGCAUCGCUCCGGCUUUGCCGUGGAGAACUCCGAGGGCGAUUUCCUGAUGGAGGAGAGCUGGUGCCGGACGUUUUGGGAGCUGUACGUCGUCGACGGUUUAUUAGCCACCAUGCGAGAUCAGAGUUCGUUCCGCCUCUGUCGUCAACGGACGGAUGUUCGAUUACCCUGUGCGGAAGACGCUUUUAGCUCGGGGAUUGCCGUAAGCUCUCCUUUUCUGAAUUGUCCGCGCCGCCUUACUAACGUGAUGAUAGCCGAUGCCGAUACGACAGACCCUAAACGAUCUCGAACGCAACUGGUCCCUCGGACAGGGCACCUGCCCUUCUUCCUUUGCAUAUCGUAUUCAUGCCGUCCAAAAUCUGGGGAAGGUCAUGGAUGUGAACCGAUCACUCGACAUGGAUCUCGAAGCCCGCGUACAGACCGUCGACGCCAGCCUCGUAUCCUCCUUGAUGCGACUCCCUUCAUCACAAGGGUCCGGAUAUGA